AAGGUUUUAAUCAAGUACAAAACAACAGGCAGAAAUUAAGGCUAAAGCAAGUAGAUUACGUCAGUAUAUGGCAAAAACAGAAACUUAAUUCAUAAGCUGCAAGCAGAGAAGCUGCACAAGUGUGAUUGAAGUAAAAAUGGCCCUACUCUUGUCUGGUGAUCCUACAUUUCAUUGUAAUAAGACUGCUAUCUAGAACCAACACUGGAUUAAGAUCAACUUUUCACAUGCAAUGAACAGCUUUAAAUAGUAAGGUGCAAAAUGAAAAUAUAGCAAAUACAAUUUUCAUUGAAAAUAAACGAGUGAAUUACUGUCACUAUGAUAUCACAAAAAACUGCAUUGCAUUAACUCUUGUAAUGUGGCUUAAGAAUGCUACAGAAGCUCAGUUAGAUCCAAUAAUCAGAUUACAAAAUAUGUAUAUUUUCACCAGCGAAACAAGUACAGUGCAUACUCUCGUCGUCCUUUGCAUUGUUGCACUACCCGAAAGUGUUGAGAAUGUGUAACUAUAACUCCCACAUUGGAUAAAUAUAACCUUGCCUAUGGGUUUAUAAGGGUUUGGGUCACUCCAUCCAUAGUCAAUUGGUUUUGGAUGUGAACCCCAGAUUACUUUAUCAUGAUAUCAGAGCGGGUUAUCCACCUGUUUGGUUUCAGCGAUGGCCACACGUGCUCACCGUCACCCAAUAUAACUUGUCCACGUGUAUGGCUUGAGAAAUCGCCACACGUGCGGGGGCGUGUUGAGAAUGUGUAACUAUAACUCCCACAUUGGAUAAAUAUAACCUUGCCUAUGGGUUUAUAAGGGUUUGGGCCACUCCAUCCAUAGCCAAUUGGUUUUGGAUGUGAACCCCAGAUUACUUUAUCAGAAAGACACUUGUUUAUCAGGUCUAUAGCCAACUAAAAGACAUGUCUGUGUUUACAUUUUAUUAUAUAUUUUAUCAAGGAUUACAUGUGGCAUUAUUUAUACCUGUGAGACUAACUUCAAGAAAACACAAAUAUGCACGAAGACAAUUUCAUGGUGUUCAAACCAACCUCCAAUUUCUCUAGAUGAUUUGGUCUUUGAUAAGAGCAGCCAACCACAAUCUUGUAUCUUUCUAAUUGGUUCUCUCUACUCAACCUUAUCAGACCCUUGUAUCAAUCAGCAUUCAGAAGUCAAAUUGAAAGAUCUUUAUGAGAUUAUUCUGUGACUCUUUAACAUUCCUACCAUCUCUUUUUAAAUCCCAUCUUCCUUGCAAACUACAUCUACAUCUACAUCUAUUUUUUGUCUCCCAUGGUUACUGAAUCAAUAUAACAUCAAGCCCUCCAAGACAGGUGAAAAUGAAGGUAAGUUAAACUCAUACUAAAUAUAUGAGAUGUUAUUUUCAAUCUAUUUAACUUCAUCUUUGCAAACCAUUGAUGCAGUUGUUACAAUGGGUGCGCCAAAAAUUUCAGCACACUAGCAUUGAACCUCUCAAGGAUCUCAGUAUUGCUCAGCCAUCAGAUGAUGACCAAGAUGCCUAUACAAAGCCAACCUUCCGUUACAGAUAUGGAUCUACAUUCCUAGAGCCACCUAGGAAGGACCAAAAGAAAUCUUUUUCUGAAUCUGAAGACAGGAGAGAAGAAGAAACAUCUGUUAUUGUCUCAGAGCUGUUUCAUGGCUUUCUCACCAUUGGAACUCUUGGCUCGGAAACAAGUGCCAAUGAACCAGCAACACCAACGUUUGCAACACCUUUAGAGAACCUAACUGAGAAAAAGACAGAGGUCACAGAAAAUGACUUGAAGCUCAUCAACUAUGAGCUAGAGAGGUUUCUUGAGGCUGAGACAAGGGAAGAUCCAUCAUCAGCGAGGGACAGUCAUGUUAGCAGUAUUACACUCAGUGGCAUGCAAAUGGAGGACUCUGAAGAUGAAGAGUACUGUGCAGCAACAGUGGUUUGUCCCCUCCAAGGAUAUCUGCUUGGGUCCUCAGUUGAAUUGCCAGAAAUGAGAACAGAAGCAAAGAAAGAAAAGGCAUCACUACAAGAGCUGUUUGAUAGGACAAAAGUGACUGAAAAUUUCGAGAGAAGUGAGGAGAAAGAUCCCAAGCAAAAACGUAAAUCUGCCAUGGAUUCCAUGAAGAAGAUAAUAAAAAAACUCUAUGCUUCUUCCAAGAGCUCCACUUCUACUAGUGGUCAUUCAAAUGAUCCUGUUUCCACCAUGAAGAAACUUGGUGAGGCAUCUGAUUCUGUUUCAACCAAGAAGAAACCCCAUAAGGUAUUACGUAUGUUUCAAAGAAGGAUUCAUCCUGAAGGCUCUAUAGCUGAAAAAGAAUUUAUCAAGUCCAAGAAAUACAAGGACAAGAGCAACUCCAGUAACAUUGGUGGUUGUAAUAGGAAUCUGAUACUCAUGGGUGCAGAGAACAUAAGGUUACCCCAUGAGUCAAAGUUUAAGGAAGGGACCAAACAAUGUAAGAAGUACAUGGACUGGCCUCAAUACAGGCUGAAUGGCAGUGAUUUGAGAAGAAAUGAAGAGCACUGGAUCAAAACAGAUGCAGACUACUUGGUGUUGGAGCUGUAGUAAGAAAUCAUAAGUGGCCACCUUUAUGAGAAAGAAUGUGUGUUCGUUUGAAUAUUUCUAUUGGUCAUGUACUUAUUUGUGAAUGAUUAAGUGGUAAGUUGCAUUCAAGAAAAGGUAACGG